AUGAAUUGGUUGAAGCCAAAAGAGCCAUCUUCGCAACCUCCUCCUCCACUUUGUAAUGCCUUGAACAGUCUCCAAACCCACUUCUCCAACGUUAUUCGAGCAAUCUCAAUCCGGUUCUCUUCUUCUCAAGUCGAAAACCGGUUCUCUUCUUCUCAAGUCGAAAACCGGUUCUCUUCUUCUCAAGUCGAAAACCGGUUUGCUUCUAUUUCAGCUUCUUCUUCAGAUAAUAGUCGGUUUGCUUCUAUUUCAGCUUCCUCUUCAGAUAAUAGUCAACAUAGUGCUGAUUAUGCACUAUCUGACGCAGAAAUCAAGAAACGCAUGGCUGGGGUCUCUGUAUAUAAACUGUCAAACGAUUCACAACACGAAUUAUGUCGGCCCUCUGAAUAUGGGGAUAGGGUGAUUCAAUUCUACUUCUUAAAUAAGCCUGAUGCUCUCAGAUUUAAGGAUAUAUUUAUAUGCUCGCCUGACACUCGAAUCUUUGAUGCUCCACUUACAGAGCAACAGCUUUCCCAUCAGGUUGGUACCGGACUUAUGGGAAGUAAAAAACGCUGUUCAGAUAUAACCUACGAGCUGGCUUCUUACCCACAGGAAAAAGAGAAACAGAAGGCAGGUUUUCCAGACGGUACAUUUGCUGGAGUUCCAGUUUUCCAGAAGGACCUUGAAACGGCUCUAGCUAAGACUAAAGCACCAAAGCAAAGAGGCACUGUUCAGGUUGCUGCUCUCGAAGAUAUAAUACAAGAAAUGAAGGAUUGCUCAACAUCCAAGUGGAAUGAUGUCGUUUUUGUACCUCCCGGUAACAUCACGGGCAUGGACAUAGCUUUUGAAGAAGGACAACUAAACUAG